AUGGUGGCUGCGCAGGCGCGGGAGGAGGCGCGCAGCCGCCGUCGGCGUCCGCCGCGCGGUGUGGGAGGCGGCGCGCAGGCGCGGUCGGCUGGAGAGCGGGGCGUGGGAGGAGGCGCGCAGGCGCAGUCGGCGUCGCCGCGGGUUGCGGUGGGGGAAGGGGCUGCAUCGCUGCUGCUCGGGAGGAGGAGGAUUCACCUCAAGAGUGCGGCCUCCCGGCAUCGGUGUCCUGACAGUACCCUCAGCAGGUACCUGUAUCCCCGAGGGAAGAGGGACAUCAUCACGGGCCCUACUGCCCACCCUCUUGAGAUGGCCACCCAGGACGUGGAGGAGGAAGAGGAAGGGUCAGGGGCUGAGGAAAGGUUAACAGCAGCUCCCCAGCCCGCAGAAGAGGAGCCCUCCCUGGGCACAGGCGCGGGGGAAUGGGAGUGGAGAGGCGGUCACCGGUGGCAUGAGCAGGUGCCCCCCUGCACCACGACCCACCCCUGCCGGAAGAGCUACAUCUGCAACGAGUGCGGCCGCAGCUUCGACAAGUACUCCAACUUCAAGCAGCACCUGCGGGUGCACUCGGGGGAGAAGCCAUUCUCCUGCCGGGUCUGCGGCAAGGACUUCAACCUGCUGUCCAACCUGCGGCGGCACGAGCGGACCCACACCGGGGAGCGGCCCUUCUCCUGCCGGGUCUGCGGCAAGGCCUUCAGUGAGCUGUCGAGCCUGCGGCGGCACGAGAGGACCCACACCGGGGAGCGGCCCUUCCCCUGCCCCUUCUGUGCCAAGGCCUUCAGCAGGUCAUGCAUGCUGGUGAUCCACCAACGCACCCACACCGGGGAGCGCCCCUUCCGCUGCCCUGACUGCGACAAGAGGUUCAGCGACCCCUCCAGCCUCCGCAGCCACCAGCGCACCCACACGGGCGAGCGGCCCUUCCGCUGCCCGCAAUGCCCCAAGGCCUUCCGAUACUCCUCCAGCCUGCUGCAGCACCAGCGGGCCCACGCCGGCGAGAGGCUGCACACCUGCCCGCUCUGCGACAAAGGCUUCACCAAGUCGUCCACCCUGGCCCAGCACCGCAGCACCCACAGCCGGGAGCGGCCCCACAAGUGCCCGGUCUGCCAGCGCGGCUUCUCCCGGGCCUCCGUCCUGGGGAGGCACCAGCGGGUCCACGCCUGGGAGGGGCCGCGCGCCUGCGCCGAUUGUGGGGCCAGCUUCGGCACCUCGGCCGGGCUCCAUGGGCACCAGUGCCCCCCGGGGGGCGGGGGGGCCCAGGUGCCCGCGCAGGGCUGACGUGCAGCCUCUUCCCCACCCCGCCCACCAUCACUUUGGGACCCGGCCCUCCCCACCAAACCUCCCUUCUUUCACUGCGCGGGGUCUCACGGAUGUUUCGCCCAACCUCCAGGACUGACUGAGACCCCGAGGGGCCCGUUUUCGCAGGUCCAGUACUUCCUCUUUCAGAUGCCCCCACUUUUGCUCUUGCAGAGGAUGGGUGGUUGGGGUGAGUGGGUGGGGGGGGCACGGGUGGGAAGGGAGGAAACCUAAGCCGCACGGACCAGAGUUGUGCCUCGACGGGCUAAGAGCGACCACGGUGUUUAUUGAAGGGUAAAGAAUAUACUGGGAAACACUUUCAAAAAAGACACAAGCCACUUUUCGGAGGUGUGCCCAAGUCUCGUUGGACGUGGUCCACACCACCUCUGAGCUCGGGUUGGCCACUAGGAGCUCCAUCUAUCUCUCUCCCUUCUCACACCCCCCCCCCCCCCCCCCCCAAUUCCUGGGGGUUGAGCCUUGUCUCUAUCAAUAGAGUCCUGUUUGGGGCAGAGGCAAGGGGCGCGAGUCUGCGGGACGGAUUCGCGCGGCAAAGGGAGCGGGCCCUUCGGCCCCUCCGUUCACCAAACUAGCCCGGCCCCAUAUCCCCUCCGAACCUUUCCCGACCCAUGUACUCAUUGCAAAUGUCCUUUUAAAGCUGGUGGCUGUCCCGCACCCACCUCUUCCUCAGGAAGUGUCGCUCCGCGCAGGCAUGACCCUCUGUGUAGAAGACAAAAUUGCCCCCCUGCCCAUUUUGAAGGUGUCCCCUCGUCUUGAAAUCUCCCCCACCCCAGGGAACAGACA